AAAGCCCUGGCAGCGUACCUCUAAUUUGCUGGUGUUUUCAUUUCCUGAAUUCUCGUUAAAGUACGGUAAACCUCACCAGUACCAAACGCGGCUAUGACGGACAGAACGGUUCGAAGAUUAUUCAGUUGUUUGAUGGCGACUGCAGGUCUUCUGGGUUUAACAUUGGAACAGGUAAUAGAGGCACCACAGGGCAUUUUGUUAAAUUGUACAUUUGAGGAGCAGUCCAUAUGCAAUUUUACGUUUGACAGAAAUCAUAGUGAUUGGAUAUGGCAUAGAGGGGGGACGCCAACAAAUGACACAGGGCCGAAUGGUGAUCAUACAACGGGAGUUGGGAAUUACAUGUACAUGGAGGCAAAGGGCAAAGUUCCAGAUUAUUCCGCCCGGCUGAUUUUCCCCUUUAUCCAGGGAAUUUCAUUACAACGCUGUCUACGUUUCUUUUACCACAUGGAGGGCACUCUUCUCGGUUCUCUGGAAGUUGUAUCAAUCAACUCUACCGGGAGUGUUGUUUUAAGACAUUGGUCAAGAAUAGGGAGACAAGGACCGGACUGGAAACAAGCAAUAGUAAAUAUCACAGAUGGAGCAGGCGACUUAGCUUUUAUAGCAGUCCGUGGGACAAGCGCUUUAGGAGACAUUGCCAUAGAUGACGUAAUCAUUGAAAAUGGAACUUGUCCAGGAAACGGUGACGUGGAUAUUCCAACGACAACAGAUUCUUCAUUCGAAACUUCAAGUAUUUGGAAUAAUGCAUUUUCUGAUAUACAUACAUAUGAGCCCAGCACCGUUUUGGUGACGGAUAACUCAUAUAUCACUCAGUCGUCAACGUUUUCGAACAUGUUUUCUGAUACUACUGGUGUACGGUAUGUAUCCACGCAACAAGUCUUUGCUUCGUCCUCAAGUGUAGCACAAGUACUUUCAUCUUCUUUGGAUACAUAUUCUUUGUUACCUGGUGCAACACCUUCGUCUUUUUCUCCUCCCUCUGUUGCUACGACUCAGUUGUCAUUGCCUAACCUAUUAGUUGUCACCGCAGAUGCAACUCUACAAGCAGUUUCGUCGUCGAAAGUAACACCGUCAGCGACAGCGUAUUUACAGCUCGAAGUCACAACUCUUACAGAGUUGAAUACAGUUUCAGAACAGACCAAAGGGGUCGCUUCGAAUGAGCAGGCGUCUCGUGUGACAAAAACAAUAGACGCAAACCAACCCUCUGCGACAUUUUUCGUGAAUGUGGGAAGUAGUCAUACUUCACCUUUCCUGACCGCCUCGAAUGUCGCCAGUAACGUGAUUAAUUUCGAAACAACCACUACAGCGACUAGUUUGAUUUCUGCUACAACAAAUGGUGAUUCGAAUGUCAAAGCUUUUCCAACAACGGAACCAAAGCAAGGAAACAAAGACAAAAACAAGGGAAGCGAAGGUGAAAUCAUAGCUAUAGCCACUGGUGCAGGAGGCGGAGGACUUCUGGUCAUAAUUUUAGUAACUGUAGCCGUCAUCGCUGCCGUAAAACUAAAGCAGAAAUCAGCGGUCGAUAUCUACGAAAAGCCGGGUGAUGAUGAGGAGAUUGGUAAGGGUUCCCAUAGUGCUGAUAAAGAAGCCGAUGAGCUAGAAACCAACACUGCGCAGCAAAUGGAAAUGUCUCCACAAUGACAUUUUACAUAUUGGGAGAACUGACUUAUAACCUUUGAUUCUAACCAGGCUUCGUUCAUAAGAAAACUAAUGUCAUUGUCUUCCUGACGUCAACAGAUGAUGCGAUUAUGCAAGAAGCAUCUUGGGUCGAUCAUCUUAAGACCUGUUUCCAUUGGGAAUGGACCGAAAUAACAUAGGGCGACCAAUCUUAGUAGGCCGUAUUUAUAAGCGCAAGUAGCUCACUGGUCUGACCAUUACAUAGCAACAGUUAUGGCUUUCACAAAGUGUUAUCCAAUACAAAGCGGAGUUGUCUGGUGACGCAAUAAAGGUUAUUUUAGACUCUGUGCUAUUUAGGAGAAGAACUAAUUGAGUAGACACUCGGAGCGCCCUGUGUAUUCAAAAGAAUUGUUUUAUCCUCACAGAAGGUGAUUUGCAAUUCUAUAUGAGUACGUGACAUCUUUAUCUUUUCACAUAUUUCUACUGUAUACCUACAGAUUACGAUGAGUUCCAAUUGAUGUAUAUAAACAAUAUUUAAUGUCCACUGAAUUUUUAUAUGUAGCAGUGCCUCGAAAAUCGGGUCAGUUGUGUUUGUUAACCAGCUUAUCGAAUUUUAGGGCCUUUAGAAGAUUUGAUGUGGUAAUUCUGUAAAGUGAAUUAUUUUUUUGGAUUGUAUUUUCUCUGUUUUUAAUAAGUCCACAUAUUGUAUUGUACUUUAUA